UUGUUCGCUUCAUUUCUGGUUCAGUUAAACUCAAAUUAAUUAAUAAAAUAAAUAAUAAGAAAAAAAAUAUUAAAGUGAUUUUGUUAUAUUCGAAAUUGUAAUAAAGAAAAUAUUAUUUUGUUUCUUAUUUAAAAAUUAACAAGAAAAUAAAAUAAUUAUAAAUUGUAGUGCUUUACUGUCUUCUCCACACACAAUUUUACAAUUUUAAAAAUAUUUAAGAGAAGAAGCUAAAAUACAAGUGAUAUAAGGAAAAGAGAUUGCAUUGCCGUUUAUGUCCAAAAUUUAGAUGUUUAUGUUUACACAUAUUGUAUGAGUAUAUAGGAAGAUUAAAGAGUGAAUUAUGAAAAAAAUAAGGAUACGUUCUUCUUUGAUGAUAUUUGAUAUCGAGUGGACGAUAAUAACAAAAGAUUUUUCAAAUAAAUUUCCGAAAUAACCUGAAGUGCUGAAAGAUAUACAUACAUACUAACAUAUGUAUAUUGUUAUGACAAUUAUUCUGUAAUUGAAUAAGAUUAAUUGCAAUGAAUUCAAAUGAAAUUUGUGAUACAGAAGUAUUACCAUGGCUAGGCAAAACUUAUCUGGAGAAAAUUUUAAGCGCUCAUGAAAAUCAACCAGCAUCAGUAAUUAGUUUUUCAAAAAAAAUAGGAACCGAUAAAUGUGAAAAUUUUGCUAGUGUAAUCAAUUUAAUAAAUGCUGAGUAUACUACUGAAAAUUCUAAAGAAAUAAAAAAAAUUUCAUUAAUUACAAAAACUAAGACAUCUGACGAGCUUGUAGCAGAAAUUGUAGAAAAUCUUAAUGUCUUCGAAAGGGAAACCCAUGUUUAUGUGGUUUUAUUAAAAGAAUUCGAGGAAAUGCUUAACAGUGUUGGUAUUUCAACAACUUUCGCUCCAAGGUACAUUUAUGUAGAUGAGGGGAUAAUUGUAAUGGAAAAUCUUAAGGAAAAAGGUUAUGCUCUUCAAGAUAUUAAAAGUGGACUUAAUUUUCAACAAUGUUUGACUUUAAUUAAUAAAUUAGCUCAAUUUCAUGCUUGCAGUAUGGUACUUUAUGCAAAGGAUCCAGAUUUAUUUCGGUACCAUAUAAAUCCAACUAUAACUGAAGAAGAUGAAAAUCCAAUGCAUAUAUUUUAUAAAAAUCAAUUUGAAACAUGUAUUGAAAUAUGUAAAAAUAAUUCAGAAUUGCAUAAAUUUUUACCAAAUUUAGAGGAAAUAAAUAAAAAUUUAAUAAUUAGAAUUGCAAAUAUAUUUAAGAAAAAUAAAAAUGGUAUUAAUGUUUUAAAUCAUGGUGAUGCUUGGGCCAAUAAUUUUUUAUAUAAAAUGAAUACUAAUGGAUCAGUUGAUGAGGUUCUUAUGGUUGAUUAUCAAGAAGGUAUAUUUGGUUCACCAGCAAUUGAUUUACUUUGUUUUAUAUAUUCAUCAUGGUCAAAAGAAACUUAUAUUAAACAUAAAGAUGAUUUAAUUGAAUAUUAUAUAAAAAAAUUAACAGAAACAUUAGAAACAUUAAAUUAUGAUGGUGUAAUUCCAACAUUAAAUGAUAUUAUAGAAGAGCUUAAAUUAAAAAGAGAUCAUGGUAUUGUUACAGCUACGUGCCUUUUACCAGUUUAUAUGACUGAACAUCCUGAUUUAGCUGAUCCUACAAAUUUUAUAAUGGAUAGUGAAGAAGCCAAAGAAAUUCGUAUAAAAUUGAUGAGUAAUGAAAAAUUUUUUGAUAAAUUAAAAUUAUUCUUAAAUGGUCUAUUAGAAAAUUGAAUUUUAAGUGAAAAUUAUCUUUUUUUUUUGUUCUUCAUAAUGCUCUUGCAUUAAAAGAUGUUUUAAUUUUUCUUUAAUUUUUUAAAAUUUUUUAAAUUUAUAAUCAAACCAAGAAAAUUGUUUAAAUUCAACAAUAAAAUGUAUUUAUGUUAUUUUACUUCCAUUAAAAAUUACUUUUAUGUUUUUUUUUUUAAAAUAUAUUGAAUAAUAUUACACCCAUAAUUGUUAUUUGUUUUAGUAUGAUUAUU